GCGGGAAGCCCGGCCCGCGGCUGCAGCGCGCGAUGGCCGCCCCGGCCCUGGCCCCCGUCACGCGGCAGGUCGGCGGCCGCGCCGCCCCGGCCCCGGUCCCGAGCGGCCCCGAGUGCGGGCAGCCCCUGGCCGCCGCCGUGGCCGAGCUGCCGGUGCUGGACGCCUCCGGGAGGCGGGUGCUGUUCGGCGCGCUGUUCCGGGAGCGCCGGGCCGUGGUGGUCUUCGUGCGGCAUUUCCUGUGUUAUAUCUGCAAGGAAUAUGUAGAAGAUCUGGCCAAAAUCCCCAGGAGUUUCUUACAAGAGGCAAAUGUCACGCUUAUAGUGAUUGGACAGUCAUCCUACCAUCAUAUUGAGCCUUUCUGCAAACUGACUGGGUAUUCUCAUGAAAUCUAUGUUGACCCUGAGAGAGAAAUUUAUAAAAGAUUGGGAAUGAAAAGAGGUGAAGAAAUUGCGUCCUCAGGAAAGAGCCCCCAUAUAAAAUCAAAUAUACUCUCAGGAAGCAUUUGGAGCCUGUGGCGGGCAGUGACUGGCCCUCUUUUUGAUUUUCAAGGAGACCCAGCUCAGCAGGGCGGAACCCUCGUUUUAGGUCCAGGUAACAGCAUCCAUUUUAUACACCGUGAUAGGAAUAGGUUGGACCACAAACCCAUCAACUCUGUUUUACAGCUUGUAGGAGUUCAGCCUGUGGACUUUACAGGCAGACCUUCAGUUAUCCACGUGUGACAGUACAGGCUUUCCCGUGGACCCUUGCGAUAUGCCCAGAAAUGUCAGAGUGUAGUAUCCCUGUGCAGCAUCUAACUUGUUGGCUCUUCCCAGCCUUUGAGGAGUUAUGAACGAAUAAAGAGACCAUGUACCAGUUGAAUUGCAUGCUGAGAGGCAUCAGUUAUCAAAGAUGUGAUAUAUAUUUAUAAUUUUAUAGCUUUUAAAGUUUUACUAUGUAUAAAUA